AUGGAGAUCGGGGAAGAUGUGCAGAUGGCCGGCACGUCUGAAGGACCACGGGCCGAGGCUGUUGAAAAGACAGAGCUCUCGGUGGAGUGGCCGAUGGCAGCAGGCACUUCUUGUACCUCGUCGGGCGGGUGGGCAAAGCGCGAGGAGGGGCUGGCAUCCAGCCGGCAGCAGCAGCAAGCGUGUGCCACCCCCGAGCUGCUCGACAAACUGCGUGAGGAGGUCGCUUUGCUGCCGCCAUUGCAGGUGGAGGAUGGAGCUAGUCCAAAGCCUGAAGGUACCAGUGCGCCUACUAGUGCAAAUCCUCCAAAAACAGCUGCUGCAGUCCAGGAAGGGGACGGCCCUUCCAACACCGCCCAACAGCCAGAUUCCAAGACUGAGCCAGCAGUACCACAAACGGUGCACUUCCUCCGCGGCACCAACACGACGUCGUCUACCAAGAGCAACCUCCGCCGCGGUCGGCCCAACUCUCUGCGGUCGGGGCUGCCGUCCCCACGUCCAAUGCGGCACGGGCCGGGAACCAGGAGGCACUCCAGCACCGGCAGCCGACCGAGGCCACCGGUCGGCAAGGAAAAUUUAAAGAGCAGCCUGCGUUUCACUUCACAAGGCGACUGCGUCUUCAACGCACCUGCGAUGGCUCACCUUGCGGCUGUGAAGGCUCGCCGGGAAGAGUUCAUUUCGCAGCUGGUCUCCACAGGCCCCACUGGUCCGGAACACGGCUGCUCCCAGCCUCGCCGAGGGGCCAGCAUCGAAGUGCCACACAGUCGCCUAGAGUCGGUAGUCGAGGCGCCGCUUACGCCUUCUGGGGAAGAUCCAAAGGAAGGCCAAGACGUUCCACCCUCUGAAGAGAUGGGAGACGAAGUCGAGCCUAUGGAUGUGGACGAAAGUCCAGGCUCAAUGGAUGCUGCGCAGAAGUCAAGUCCAUCGCGUACCCCGGUGACCGCUUCUCCAGCUGCAGCCGAAGCUCUAGCGUUGCACGAGGAGACGACCAUGGCAGCUCCCACUAAAGUACCCGGCAGGCCCGCAGCUCCGGCCCCGUGCAACGACGACUUCUUCUUCGUGCUGCCAGACAUUCCUCCCGAGCCAUCUCCCUCGACGAAGCGGGAAAGCAUCAUCCAGAUCCGCGAGCGUAACGCAGGCAUGGUGCGGAGCAGCGUGGAGGUGUUCAACAGGGCCGCUGCCGCGGUCCACGAGAGCCCUGUGGUGACGCGCAGCCGCCGGACAGCGGUUGCACGCAAGACCUCCGGGACCAGCAGGCCACCGCUCAGGGAAACGAACUUCCGGCGCCCCGGCAGUCCUACGAGGCAGAAUCGUCGGGACUGGGAAAUGGAACUCUAAGGGGGCGUGCACGCUUCUCUCUCUCUUUUUUUUUUUAAGGGCCUUGUGACAUCAACUCUCUUCCGGUUCUGGAAGUCUGCGUUAGACCAGUUUUGAGAUUGCCCUUGUGAAGCACCCAGUGUCCGUCACUCGGUGCCGGUAAAUCGGCCUGCUUGGCUAUCAAGUGACGCACGCGUUGUCGCGUUUUACAGUUAUUGAUUUUAAUGAAAUGCCUCUCCUAGGGACCUUGCUUUAUGCAUCACAUAUCUUUUUAACGUAAAUAUCUCUCAUAAGGUCCACUUGAAUCUGUGCAUGUCAUAGCAACUGCUAGGAGUGGCCAUGACUCUGGAGUAUUCCACUUUGAUUUUAUCUGACAGGAAUCGUGGCACAUUUACGUGUUUUAAAUAAGUGACAAUGCCUUUGUUGCUUUGGCUAUCCCUUAGAGUUCGUUAAUUCUGAUCAUGACAUUAGUAUACUUGGGAUAUGCUUCAGUUUUCAUGGGGCAUGCAAUGAUCAUGGCUAGCGAUUGUGGACUUGCUUCUGUAACGAACCUAAAACAGAGGAGUUGUAGCAUGUCAAAUGGAUGCAUUUUUAAUGGCAGUAAUGCUCCUUCAUGUUCUAUGCUCUUUUAUGUUUGUUUUAUGCUCUUUUACAUUUUAUUUUUUUACACCACAUUGUGUAUUACGAAGCUUGCCACCUGAUGUCAUUCGGACGUGCAACUUUAGACUGCGUUCCAUGAAUGUGCUGAGUAAAAGACCUCUGGUGAUGUGA